AUGCGUGUGCACGAAGAGAAGCACGCCCACAUGCACCAUGCACAGCAUCCCCCACCCGUGUCAUCGGCUGGGGGGCUGCUGAGGGAGCCAUCUGGCGGUGUCGUGAUCGACUGCCGAAGCACACGCUACCACGUCGUGCGCGCCGCGGCGCGCAUGGUCGAGUGGACGGUGUAUGAUACGGAUACUGAGGACCGCAUACCACCCCUGUUCCAUGGCGUGCCGCUCGAGUCUCCAGAGCGAGUCGCCACACCGCCGCAUGCACCUCAGGUCCUGUGGGUGGACAAGAGCGUAGUGAGUUCCCGCGUAGCAGAGCUGGCGUGCUACCAGCGCCUGAACCACUUCGCGGCAAUGAACGUGAUUGCCCGAAAGGCGCUCCUGUUUCGCCGUCUCAUGCAGCUGUCGCGGCUUCAAUCGACGGACAGCGCGCGGUCGAAGAUUGCUGGUGGCGGUGCGGCGGUGGGCUGCACGAAUCGUGUCGAAUCGACCCUAGAGCGGUUUCUUGCGCUGUCGGUACCGGCGAGCUUCUCCAGCCUCACGGAUCUCGGCCGCUUGGCAGCAUUUCGACGGGAGCUGACGGAGCGCGCCGACCCUUCCUCCGAUGUCCGCCCUGUGUUCUUCAUCAUUAAACCCAACACAGGGUGUGAGGGCAGGGGCAUCCGUCUCACCACCUCCCCAGAGGAGGAUCUGACCGAGGCCGAACGAAAGGACCAGAAGAGGGAGUGUAUCGUGCAGCUGUACGUGGAUCGUCCCUUACUGAUGGGCGGCAGGAAGUUCGACUUGCGUCUUUAUGUGCUGCUUGUCGCGACAGCGCCCCAGCAGCUGUCGCGCCGCUCGUCAGCACCGUCUGCGACUUCCCGUACCGUGUCGACUGUCUCCAAACCCGCAGUGAGCGAGACCUGCAGUAACUCGACAGAGGUGCCGCGCGAUGUACAAGGCGUGGAGCUGUACGUACAUCGUGAAGGCCUUGUGCGCGUCUGCGCCAAACCCUACGCCGCGCCGACCGACGGAAACUGCGGCGAUGCAUCGCGGCACUUGACGAACUACGCAGUGAACAAAGCAUCGUCCUUGUACGUGCCGGCCGCCCACGACGACGGCGCUGAACCUCACGUCGAUGUCGGCGUCUCUCAGAGGCAGCCAAGGGCGCACGUUGACCGGGAGGAUAGCAACAAGCAGAGCCUCGCCGCGUUCGCCUCCUUCAUUGAGUCUCUCCAUGUCCCGGGCGGGUGGCCGCGUGUGCGACGCAGCUUAGAUGAGUGCAUCACUCUCACCAUUCUCUCUGGUGUCGAGGUGCUGCGGCGUGAGCUGAUCGGCGCUGGCGGCACACGAGGCUACCGUGCCGAUGGUCGCAGCUGCUUCGAGCUGCUAGGGUUCGAUGUAAUGCUGCGCGAGGCGGACCUGCACCCUGUCUUGAUGGAGGUGAACCACUCCCCGUCGCUGUUCUGCGACACCGCCCUCGACUUCGCCGUAAAGAGUGCCGUUUUGCGCGACACCUUUCGACUGCUGGAGACACACAUGCCACCCUGGGGGCAGCAUGAGGGCAAUCCGCAGAGGUACGAAGCCUGCAUGCAAGGCGAUGCCAAAGCAUGGAUGGAGCAGCGAGCGGACAUGCUAGUGCGCGGGGCUUCCGUGGAACCGUUCGGGUUUCGCCGCCUACUCCCCCACUACAGUGCGGGUUGCGGCACAGGCGGUGCUGAGAGGACCGGGGAUGGGACGGGCAUUGAUGACUGGCUACCAGCAGAAAGAGCGGCCCAGCAGCGCAUGGUGGAGCUGUCGAGGCGACUGCCCUGA